GAGCAUUAGGAAGACAAUUGUACUCUAAGUGUGAAUUACCGACCAGACGUAGGGCUAUAAUCGGCAGAUCUGAAAAAACGUGUGAAAUCUUCGUCAACUGGAAAUAUCUUAUUUUAGACUUCCGACUUCUGUUCCUCUAUUUUACAGAAAGUUUCGAAUUUAACAGAAUCCGUUAACAACCCCGGACCAAAUUUCAUCGUCUUCUUCAUCAUCCCUCAGCUCGCAGUUUUCGGCAAUAAACAGGCAAACGAUCUGGCUUCCUUCCCAACGUGUGUUCAGUUCUUUAUCGUUUCUAGAUCAUCUGCUGAAAUCACAUCUUGGACUGGACAUAAUUUCAAAGUUUGAUGUGCAGCUCUCAUUUCAAAGUUUGGCCUCUAACCUGCUGUAUAUCCGUUCAGAAGGCUUAUUUUGGUAUGGCAUAAGAGACUUAUUUUGCCUCCAGAGUUACUAAAGUAAAUGUGUGAGAUCUCCCCUGCUGACGGCUUUGUAGAGAUAAAUGAGAACUUGGGUGAUAUGAUAACGUACGUGGCAAACGAACCUUGUGUAGGAUUAUACUACAUCCAGCAGCAUGCUCAGAAUGCAGUGCCUAACAUCAUCAGGCUCAAGAACAACCUCUUGGAGAAGUCACAUGAAGUGAGUUUACACACCCAAGAUCUAGAGGAUUCCAUAGUUAUGACAAGGACGAUGAAAGAAUGUGGGUCCCCCAUUAUUGAUGAAAUGAUUAGUGAUAUAAAGGCAUCUCUAAGUAUAAUGUCAACCAAACAACCGGUGAGAGGUGUGAUCCAACGACGCACCUCAAGUUAUCAUCAAGUUGGAUCAAAUACAUGGGCCCGGUCUGCAGUUAGUAACCAGAAUGAUGUUGAGAGAUCAGGUGGUUACUUUUCAAGCGUGUUAAAAUCUGCUAAAGAAAAGGCAGCUAACUUGACAUGGCCACAGCCAUUACCUUCUGGAAGCAAUCAGCCAUUACCUUCUGGAAGCAAUCAGGUGGAGGAAACUGAUGAGUUGCCAAUAUCUAGCGAGGUUAGUUUAACCAUGGAUGGAAAAUCUCAACUCACAUUGCCCGAAGAAAUAGAAUUUGACGAGUUCAAGGCUGAUAGGGAAGCCAGACUAGAAGAGUGGCUGGAUGGUCCGACCAGUAUUCUUCGGAAUGAGAGUUGUAAUACUCAAGGGCAUGGGCAUGGGCAUCAUCUGCUUGACAGUUUAUGAUGCCAUUUUUUUUACCACAUAUUGACAUUUAUAUCGCAGUAAUGUCUUUCAAGUUUGAACUUGAUGAUGGAGAAUACAUGUAACCUUGUUUGAAUUGGUCUUGGUUUUUCUUAUUGUACAGUUUAGAAUGUAACGAGGCACAAAGGGAAUCAUGUUGUAUGAAUAAGCGAGGACGAGGUGCAACCUAGUUGGUGCGAAAUAAGCACUCCUCUUUAAA